AUGGAAAACCUUCAUAGUUCCAAAGCUCCGAAGCUGAAGUCGCUAAGCCGCAAGCUUUUGCCGAUCAAUAUGCAAAAUGCCAUCGGCCGCCGUUAUCACCAUUCAAUCUUCGAUCCGUACGCAUCCGACAGCUCGAACUCUCCAUCUCCACUGGCGAAGUACCUCCGCUCCACCACUCCGCUGGCGGCGAUUGAGAACCUGCAGACGCCACCGACGGUUUUCAGAGCACCGAUGAAAGUGGAGGAAGAUGUACUGGUAAUGGACGGCAUUCUGAUAGAAAAGUCCAACAAAAGCUGUGACAGUGGUGGUGUAAGGGUUAGGUCAUCGGUAAAAUCAUCUGAUUCCAGGAGAGGCAGCUUAGGGAGUUUGAUUUCUUCUUCUUUAUCGUUGUCGUCGCCAGGCGGCGGCGAUGGAGGGAACGAGAAUAACAAUAGAAGCCUCUACUGCUACAAGGCUGAAAACUGUCGGUCGUGCGAGGAUUCUAGUAUAUGCCGCUUCGGAUCCAAAUGCCAGUUCGCACACCGGAAAGAAGAGCUGCGCCUGCGCACAAAUUCUUCAUCAAGCAAUAGCAAAUUUGAGAUCUGCGAAUCACACAACAUUUCAGGAGGAUCAAGUUCUUCAUCUUAUGGCACAAAGUGCCGCUUUGGUCCUCACGAGAUCAAAGCAGCACAAGGACCAGCAAUCACGCCAACACUGCCAAUACCUAUGGCCUUGCCAACAUCACCCAUCGAAGUCAAACAACCUUCUGAUGCUUUUGUCUUUAGCAGACCUUCAACUACCAGUCUUACUACCUCUGAUUGGACACCUCAGGAUGAUGAAAUUGAGAUUACUUUACCCUGUGGUACAACUGAGAGAGAGAAUCCCUCAAGAGAAGAUGUGGAUGAUCAUAUACAGAAGGUUCUCUAUGGAACUGAAGACACUAAUUUUCAGCUGAACAUGACUCAGGUUUUUGUUCAGAACAAAGCUAGCAUGUACCAACUUAUUUAG